CAGCUCCAACACGGCCUCUCUUCAUUUCAAAAAAUAAAUCAAAUUGACGUGAUGAACUUUCUCUGUGUCUCUCAUGGGCGAGAGAGUGAGCUUUUUGAGCCGAAUUUGUACUGAAAACGAGGCCGUGCUCCAAGGCUCCAUCGAUGUCGAAUUUGCCAUUGGACGUCAUUCAUAAAAUUGUGGAAAAGGUUGAACCAAUCGAACGGCUUUCUGUCCGUAAAGUCUGCCGCAACUUUCGUGCAAUCGUCGAUAAUAAGGAUCCUGGAAUCAAGCGCGUUGUACUUAACAUCCAUCACUCUCAAUUCCAGAUGUGGCUGCUUGACGCAAAAUCUACUGUAAUUCACUAUGAUUUCAGUCAUUCGCAUUGCACAGUAAACUACAAUGAUCGGAAUGAGCGCUUUAAAGGAGUGAACGGCUUGAAAAUGGCUGAGACAGACUUGUCAGUGGUGAUGAAGAACUCGAAACUUCAAUUGGAAGUCCUUGAAUUCCAAGGAUAUGAUCGUAUUCAAAAGAAGGAAACAUUUAUGAAUUGGUUCAAAGAAAUGUCCGAUUCAAAAAACCUCUACAAGGUAAAAAGAAUCGACUUUUCCAUUAAUCUUCCAACUUUUGCCGCAACAAUUUUUCCGCUUCUUCAACCAGGAUUUCUAGAAGAAAUUUGCAUUUACUGCAGCGGGAAUCCAGAUUACGUCGAUCAAUUAUUUGAAAUGGAGCAAUGGAAAAGAGCCAAGUCGAUUUUUAUUGAUUCAUAUGGAGAGAAGCAUUUCCCAAUUGAAAAUCUCUUCCAUCUUACCCACUUCUUCAUUGAUACGGCGUAUCUUUCUGUCGCUGAUGCUGUUAAAAUCAGAGAUAUUCUCUUGAAAUCGACUGUUUUUGAGUCUGGAAUCAUCACUUCUAGAAAUAUCUUCAGCGUUGGAGUUGUGCGAGUUUUCAAUCCAAAUUUCAUUGCUAGAAGACCUUUUCGCGUUGACUAUGACAAUGGCUCUCACUUCAGCCUCUUAUACGAUCAUAUUUCUAUCAAAAUCGAAAAGAAGAAAUAAAUUAAACUGUUGUUCACUCGUGUGGUUCUCAUUAAAAUAAACUGUUUUGUUG